CCCGCCCCUUCCACCAGGGGUUCCGCUUAAGGUCGCCCCUGGUGGGCGGCUCUUGAACCUUGAGAAAGAGCACAAGAACCCCGACCCCCGGAGCUGCGGUGGUCUGCUGGGCAGGCCGAAAGAUGGCGGCGGCGGCGGCGGUCCCUGCAACUAAUAGCUCUCAGUUGUCGAGCAGCUUACCCGAACCAUCAAGGACAGAUGGGAAUAUGGUUCAUCAUUCCUCAUAUGUAGUCUAUCCACCUGAUAAGCCUUUCCUUAAUAGUGAUAUGCGACGCUCCCCAAAUAAACCUACAUUUGCCUAUCCAGAAAGCAAUAGCAGAGCCAUAUUUUCUGCUUUGAAGAAUCUUCAAGAGAAGAUUCGACGUUUAGAACUUGAAAGGAUACAGGCAGAAGAAAGUGUGAAAACCUUGUCUAGAGAAACAAGUGAAUACAAGAAGGUGCUGGAUGAACAAAUACAGGAAAGGGAGAAUUCAAAGAAUGAGGAAUCAAAGCACAAUCAAGAGUUGACAUCUCAGUUGGUAGCUGCAGAAAAAAAAUGUAAUCUUUUAGAAAAGCAAUUGGAAUACAUGAGAAAUAUGAUAAAGCAUGCAGAAAUGGAGAGGACAUGUGUCUUAGAGAAACAGGUUUCUUUAGAAAGAGAACGGCAACAUGACCAAAAUCAUGUUCAGUCCAAACUUGAAAAAUUGGAUCUUCUUGAACAGGAGUAUAACAAACUUACUACGAUGCAAGCCCUUGCAGAAAAAAAAAUGCAAGAGUUAGAAGCCAAACUUCGUGAAGAAGAACAGGAAAGGAAACGUAUGCAACUUAAGGCAGCCCAGUUGCAAACUGGUCUAGAAACAAAUAGAAUUAUCUUUGAAGAAAAAGCCACUCCAUGUGUUGCCAGUGCAAGAAGAAUUAAAAAAAAGAAGUCAAAACCACCGGAAAAGAGAGGUCCUAGAAACGAUUUUGCUGCACAGCCACAUUAUAGAUUCUGCUUGGGUGAUAUGCCCUUUGUAGCUGGAAAGUCUACCAGUCCUAGCCAUGCGGUGGUAGCCAAUGUUCAGCAUGUCUUACAUCUCAUGAAACAACACAGUAAAGCCUUGUGCAAUGAUCGAGUAGUGAACAAUGUUCCCUUGGCAAAGCAAGUAUCUUCAAGAUGUUGUAAAAGUAAGAAGUUGCCUGUAACACCACCCUCCUCUAAUACCAUUAAUGAAGAGUUGACAGAAGUCUUACAGACGCUGCAGGAUGAGUUUGGGCAAAUGAGCUUUGAUCACCAGCAGCUAGCGAAACUUAUCCAGGAGUCACCGACUGUUGAAUUGAAAGAAGACUUAGAGUGUGAACUGGAGACAUUAGUUGGAAAGAUGGAAGCAAAAGCCAAUCAAAUAACUAAAGUUCGAAAAUAUCAAUCCCAGCUGGAGAAACAGAAGAUUGAGAAGCAGAGGAAGGAAUCAAGAGCCACCAGAAAGCCUCUUGAUGAAGAAGGCAACAGCAGCACUCGAUCUUCUGGACCUACGGGGACCACAACUAAGAAGGACUAUGCCAAACUGAGGCCUGGAGAAAAAAGCCGGAAAAAUCUUCAGUUAUUGAAGGACAUGCAGACCAUACAGAGUUCCUUACAAAGCAAUAGCUUGUCGUGGGAUUACUGACUGGUGCCAGGUCAUAAAUUUUAUUCAGGUAAUCUGUACUUCAUCAGUUUACCUUUCAGGUCUCACACUCUCUUCUGUUGGAAUGAAUAGCAGGUGUUUGGGACGCACGCUUCAGUACGCUGUCUUCCUGUGCUAGAAGGCACGGCUAGUGAGAAGCCAGGUGAAUGGAAAUGGGGUUUGUCAAGGCCGAGAAGCCACAGGCGCUCUGCUGCUCUGUUGGAGAUGGAUUUGCUGUACUGCUUCAUUGCACUUUGUAAACAGAUUACCAAUUUUUUACUUGUGGGUGUGAUUUUUUAAAAGUAAUUCUUUAUAUACCUAAAUAAAAUUAGGUUUAAAUUAU